AUGUUCUCGCAGACCCUCCGUCGCGCUGCGUCCCAGUCUACUGGCGCCUACCGCUCUCCUUUCGCUCCCAAGUACUAUGUUCCUGCCCACUUCGGGGGUGUGAGCGUCAACAUGGCCACCAAGUACGCUACCAUUGCUUCCACCUUCGGUGUUGCUGCUGGUACCUUCGCCCUCUUCUUCUUCGGUGAAGUGCCCCGCGUGCGCAACGACAUCCUGCGCAAGGUUCCCUUCCUUGACGAGUACUUCGACCGCAGCAUCCCUGCCGAGGACAACCCGUUCUAA